AUGUCGUCCUCGUCGGGCGAAAGCGCCGAGGGGCGCGAGAUUCCUCGUGCGAGCCUCGAGAAACAAGAUACUCACUUGACCCGGUCAUCUACACGUCGAACACUCGAGCGAUACGAAACAAGGCCUACUCAAGAUGCCGCCGAGGUCUUGGACCUCCCUUACGAGAUCCUCAGCGAUGAUGCCAACAUGGCAGAAUAUACUGAGGAGACGGUCACCGGUGUCAUUCCCAAGAGAACCAUUUCGCGCCUCAGUGGCAAGCUCGAAGAACAUGAAUUGGUCACUUUCAAGAUCAACGACCCCGAGAACCCCAAGAAUUGGUCGAAGCCCUACAAAUGGUGGUGUACCAUGGUCGUCGCAUUCACCUGCUUCGCGGUAGCUUUCAACAGCGCAGUCAUUACAGCAGACCUGGAAGGUGUUCAAGAAACCUUCCACGUGUCCAACGAGGUGGCGCUGUUGACCAUCACCAUGUUCGUCAUCGGAUUCGGAGUGGGACCGUUGGCUUUUGCUCCAGCAUCCGAGCUAUGGGGCAGGAAACCCGUGUACAUCAUCACGAUUGGCAUUGCCGUCAUUUUCGAGAUCCCGUGUGCGGUUGCGAAGAACAUCGGCACGCUCCUCGUGUGCCGGUUGAUCGACGGCAUCGCGUUCUCGGCCCCCAUGACUCUUGUCGGCGGCACUCUGGCGGAUCUGUGGAAGAACGAGGAGCGAGGGGUCCCGAUGGCUGUGUUCAGUGCCGCGCCCUUCAUUGGUCCUGCCAUCGGCCCGCUUGCAGGCGGCUUCUUGGGUGAUGCGGCCGGCUGGAGGUGGUUGUACUGGAUCCAACUCAUCCUUUCUGGGAUCUGCUGGAUCGUCCUGACCUUCACCAUUCCCGAGACGUACGCAGCAGCCAUCCUCGACAAACGGGCGAAGAAACUGCGCAAGGAGACGGGCGACCAAAGAUACGUGACGGAGAAGGACAUUGACGCUCGACCGUUUGGCGAACAGCUCCGCAUCUUUUUGUUCCGACCUCUCCAGCUGCUGUUCCUCGAACCGAUCGUCUUCCUGAUUUCCCUUUACAUGUCGGUCCUCUACGGUCUGCUUUACAUGUUCUUCGUGGCAUAUCCCAUUGUCUACGCCGAGGGCAAGGGCUGGUCCCAGGGCAGCACGGGGCUCAUGUUCAUCCCGCUGGCGCUCGGGGUGAUCGCGUCCGCCGCACUGUCGCCGUUAGUCAACAAACACUAUCUCAGCAUCUGCGCCAAAGCACCGGGUGGAAAACCGCCUGCGGAAGCGCGUCUGAUACCCAUGAUGUUCUCUUGCUGGCUCAUCCCGAUUGGACUCUUCAUCUUCGGCUGGACCUCCUACCCACACCUCUCGUACUGGGGCCCGAUGAUGGGCGGCUUUCCCGUCGGUUUCGGAUUCAUCUUUCUCUACAACUCGGCCAACAACUACCUCGUCGACACCUACCAGCACCAGGCUGCGUCUGCCCUGGCCGCCAAAACCUGCAUUCGCAGUUUCUGGGGUGCCUCCGUCGUCCUCUUCACCGAGCAGAUGUACAGCACGCUGGGUUACCAAUGGGCAAGCUCGCUGCUUGCUUUCAUCGCCUUGGCGUGCUGUUUGAUCCCGUAUGUCUUCUACUUCAAGGGUGCUGCCAUCAGAAAACUUUCCAAGUUUGCUUUCCACGAAGAAGACGUGGCAGACACCCUUCCUGCUGGGAAGGUGUAA